UAUUGUGGGGGGUAGUAAUCAGUAUUUGAAAUAGAAGGUACAUCGUCAUCAACUAAUAACAAACCAACUGGCGCUCUUUAUGCCUUAUGAGAGCGAAACACAGGUUGUCGUAAACGUUUCCGAAUUCCGAAUUUCUUACAACAAAAAUCUUAGCUAAUUCCACCAAAACCCCAGAAAACCCAAUAUCUCUAAUCAAUAUUUUAUUUCUUUCUUUGGUUUUUUUUUUUUUUUUUUUUUUGUUGUCUUCUCUCUCUCCUCUCUUAUGUUCUUCUCUCAGCUUUCACAUAAAUGAUCAUUCACUGAUGAAAAGUGAAAACUCAGAAUCUUGAAGAAUUUAGAGAUGGGAUUUUUGAGUACUUUUGUAGGAAUUCUGGGUUUUGGCAUUGGUCUUCCAAUGGGUCUUGUUGUUGGCUUUUUCUUCUUUAUAUAUUCUAAGCCUAAAGAAGUUGAGGGUGCAUUUCCUUGAACUCUGUGGUGAUUCUAUAGAAAAUCGACUUUCAGCUUUAUAAUAUGAUAAUACACGACUCAAAAUCUCAGUGAAGGGCCCUUACUUUUAAUUUUACGAAAUAGUGGAGUAAAUUGAGUAAGGGUCUGAUGGAAACAACUAAGAGGAGCCAGAUAUUACUCCACUUCAGGACUUGGAUACAGAUACUUUGCUGGGUAUAUUACCGGAUAUUCCGAAUUGGGUAAAAAGUCCUGAUUAUGAGCGAGUAGAUUGGCUGAACAAGUUUGUGUUAGAAAUGUGGCCUUAUCUUGAUAAGGCAAUUUGCAAUACAAUAAGAAGCAUGGCAAAACCUAUAUUUGCAGAUUACAUAGGAAAGUAUCAGAUAAAAGAUAUUGAUUUUGAGAAUCUGAGUCUUGGAACCCUUCCACCAAUUUUCUAUGGCAUGAAAGCAUACGAAAUGAAUGACAGGCAAUUAGUCAUGGAGCCAGCUAUUAGAUGGGCUGGGAAUCCUAAUAUUGUGUUGGCUGUAAAGUUGAUGUCUACAAAAAUAAGAAUUCAGCUUGUGGAUGUUCAAAUAUUCGCUGAUCCAAGGAUACACUUGAAACCCCUUGUUCCAACAUUUCCAUGUUUUGCUAACGUUGUGGUUUCUUUAAUGGAAAAGCCGCAUGUGGAUUUUGGACUAAAAGUUCUUGGAGGAGAUAUCAUGUCCGUACCUGGCCUUUAUCGCUUUGUUCAGGAAACCAUCAAGAAACAAGUUGCAAGCCUCUACCAUUGGCCCCAAUCUCUCGAAAUUCCCAUUCUUGAUACUUCAACAGCUGCUAUACAGAAGCCUGUGGGCAUAUUACAUGUCAAAGUUGUCCGGGCAGUUAAGCUUCUGAAGAUGGAUAUUUUAGGAACAUCUGAUCCUUACGUGAAAUUGAAACUGAGUGGCGUAACAAGGCCAACGAAAAAAACAACUAUCAAGAUGAGGAACCUGAAUCCAGAGUGGAAUGAGGAUUUUAAGCUAAUCGUCAAGGAUCCUGAAACCCAAGUUCUUGAGUUGCAAGUUUAUGACUGGGACAAGUUUGGAGGACAUGAUAACCUGGGGAUGCAAAUAGUACCUCUGAAGCAACUAACUCCCCAUGAGCCAAAGCUUUUCACCCUUGAUUUGCUUAAGAGUUUUGACAUGAAAGAUACUCAUGAUGGCAAGUCGAGGGGACAGCUUAUGGUCGAGCUCACUUUUGAUCCUUUCAAGUUGGAGAGUGACAGCUUUAAGGGGCCAGAGGAUGAACCAAUGAUGAGGAAACAAAGCAGCAUGGAAAAGGCAAUAGAUGAUGCCUCAGUCAGCUGUGAAGGAGGAGCACUUUUGGUUUCUGUCAUAUCAGCUAAGGAGGUAGAGGGAGAGCAUCACACCAAUCCUUAUGCUCAGAUUUUAUUCAGAGGUGAAAAAAAGAAAACAAAGACCAUCAAGAAUACUCGAAGACCACGAUGGGAUGAACAGUUCAGUUAUAUGCUUGACGAACCACCUCUGCAUGAAAAAAUGCGUAUAGAAAUUCUCAGCAAGCGUAGAAGUUUUGGUUUUAUGAGAAAAGAAUCACUUGGGUUUUUGGACAUCACUCUUGCUGAUGUUGUGAACAAUGAACGAAUCAAUGAUAGAUACAAUCUCAUCAAUUCCAAGAAUGGAAGUAUACAUGUUGCGUUGGAGUGGCAGACGAUAUGAUACCGAACAUACAUCUUUAUCAUACAUACAUUUUUGCUCUGUGCAGUCGUGGAGUCGUGAUAACCCUAUCUCAAAGGUGGGCAACAUCCAAUCUAAGGGGGUUUCUUGUUCUUUUUACCAAAAAAUACCUCCGUAUAAUUUCUGUGUAUGUAUGUGGGAAAUAUCCCAAAAUGAAAACAGUCCCUGAGAUUAUAUUUUCUUACCCACUUUUAGAUAACAUUUUUUUUCAUCAUUAUACUGUCAUGCUCUCUUAUACUUUUUGUCAGAGCUGGGUGAUACGAACUUCAUGUCCAUUGAGUGUACAGUUAUUUUAUGUGAAAAUUACUUGGAGUUGGGCAUACGCGCCAUCAAAUAAAAAGGAUUUAUAUUGUAUGA